AUGACGACUGCAUCCGACGACCAUCCACCGCUACACUCUCCUGUUUCCGAUACUUCGUCGUAUUCAUUGCCAUCUUCAUUAGCAAAAAACUUGUCGCUGUUGCCAUCGUCUCUUAUCGCUCUUUCAAAUGUAUCGAUAGUAGCUACAGGAUCCCAACUGAUUGCUAAUGUUUUAGAAAUAGGCUCUCGCCUAUCAUCUAGCAAACAUGCAAAAACUCCAUCUAAACCACAGAACCAAUGCAGUCUUGAACAAUCUUCCCGAAAUCCAUUGGCAUCGCUAUCCUUGCAACUCCCUCCACUGCUUCCGUCCCUGCCUUCCAACAGACGACCCUCGUACGAAUUCUUCAAAACUUUGGUAUUGAGCUCCCCAUCUGCUGAAAAGUCUUCCAAAGCAGCUCUGGUGGAGCCUUCUGACGCAUUCGAGUCUUGGUCUCAUACCUCGGAUACACUCUCUAUCACUCCCUCCACUAGCAUAGAAUCCUACUACAAUCAUCCAUCCAACAGCAUACACGGUUCGUAUAGCUCUGCUGCUAAAGGUGGGUCUGUAGCGUUGGAUCUCUCCGUUCGUGCUGCUGUAAAGGCUGUUAACUUGCUGGGCUGUUUGGGUCAUACUCUCUCCAACAUAUCUCAACGAGUCAUGUCAGCUGUCGAUCCAACUAUUCAUUACCUUGCAUGCUCAAGCGGUAUUGCCACUCAUACUUCCCAUCUGACUACUACUAAAAAACCCUUGAAUGGUUCUGAUCCUUCAACUGCUGAUUACAAACCAACCUCUGGGCUACUUGAAUGCAGAAAUUUUAUGCUCGCAGGUACAACUAAUAUAGCAGCUCAUAUUCCAUACGUAUCUACUUUAAUGGACUGGAUCCUGUACAAAUCUCCUUCUCCAGGUCCAUUUAUUGGAGCUACACACGAUGCGCUUCAGUCCUUUCACGUACCCUCUAAACACUAUCAAGAUACUUAUAGUGGUGCUUCGAGCGUAUCCACCAACGGACUUUCCUUUUCCUUUUCUGGCUGUUCAUCUCUGGUGUUUUAUGAGCUAGGUGCUGCUGCGUGUCUACAGCAAUAUAUCAAGCCACAUUACCUGGAAGAUUGUCAGUUCCUGGGUGCUUCUUACGGUGCGCUUGUUGCUGCCACACUUGCUCUUGGGUUGGACCCAAGUGUUGUUAGAGAUCUCUUGGAACAGAUCUUUGUCGAGUCAUCCAAAAGGCUAUUGGGUCCGCUGUGUAUUAUGUCAGAGCAACUUUCUCAUGUGCUUCAGCAUAUACUUCCCUCUGAUGUUUCCCAUACUCAAGGCAGACUAUUUAUUUCUCUUACUGAAUUUCCAAGCAUGGUAAACCAUGUUGCUAGCAAGUACAAUAGCAAAAAGGAUCUGACUGAUCUGCUGAUGGCAACAUGCUACGUUCCUUUACUUUAUGAAACCCCAGUGAGCGUGAAUGGCGUUGUAUACAUGGAUGGCAGUAUGUCAUUUCCCACACCAAUCCUUAACAAACGAACGAUUACAGUGAGUCCCGUAUCUGGUGCAGCCAAUAUUAGUCCAGCUUCAGACGUGUUUGGAAGAAUACACCAUAUUUUGCCACUUCAAAACCAUACCGAGAUUGAUCAUCUUUUUAAAAGUGGUUAUGCUGAUACUCGCCAAUGGCUACAAGAUCAACUCAAUCAAGGCGUACUGACUCGACUGCUCUUUACUCACGAUCCUUAA